AUGAGUACUCUCGCUCGAUCCUUCUCGUCCGAGAGCCCGGACGUCGCCGUUGUGGUACCCCAGAAGCCUUCCCCCCUAACAGUCUCCUACAAGCAAUUAUACGCCCACGUCGCUGAUUUCCAGGCGAAACUCGCGCGAGUGGGGGUCGGUCAUGGGGGAGCCGUAUCGUUCGCGUUAGCCAACUCGUACGAGUUCAUCGUGGCCUUCCUCGGAGCCUCGUGGCAACGGGCCAUCGCCGCCCCCCUGAACCCAGCGUACAAGCAGGAUGAGUUUGAGUUCUAUAUCGAGGACCUCAACUCCACCCUCGUGCUGAUCCCCCAGGGGGCGUAUCGGCAGAACGGCCCCGCCGUGCGCGCCGCGCAAAAGUACAACGCGGCCAUCGCAGAGUGCUACUGGAAUGGCUCCGAGGUGGUCCUCAAUAUGAAGGAACGCGGAAAACUGGCCAGGAACACCGGAGUGCCAGUUGAACAGGCCCAGGAGGAUGACGUUGCCCUGGUGUUACACACGAGUGGCACAACCGGCCGGCCCAAGGCUGUCCCACUCACCCACAAAAACCUCACCACAACCAUGAGAAACAUCCAGACCACCUACCAGCUGACUCCGCGGGAUCGGACGCUGCUGGUGAUGCCUCUGUUCCACGUGCACGGUUUACUGGCUGCCUUCCUGGCGCCCCUCGCCUCUGGUGGCUCCGUGAUCGUGCCGUCCAAGUUCUCUGCCUCGGAAUUCUGGGCCGACUUCGUCACCCACAAGGCAAACUGGUACACGGCUGUGCCGACCAUCCACCAGAUUCUGCUCAAGACGCCGCUGCCGAACCCGAUCCCGGAGAUUCGGUUCAUCCGCUCCUGUUCAUCCCCGCUGUCGCCGAAGACCUUCCAAGAUCUGGAGAAGACGUUCCAUGCGCCCGUUCUGGAGGCCUAUGCCAUGACCGAGGCCGCGCACCAGAUGACCAGCAACCCGCUGCCGCCGGCCAAGCGCCAGCCCGGCAGCGUGGGCAUCGGUCAGGGCGUCGAGGUUAAGAUCCUGGACCAGGAGGGCAAGGAAGUGCCCCAGGGUGCAGAGGCGGAGAUCUGCGUGCGCGGCGAGAACGUGACCAAGGGGUACCUGAACAACCCGGCGGCGAACGCGUCCUCGUUCACCAAGGAUGGGUUCUUCCGCACCGGCGACCAGGGCAAGAAGGAUCCCGACGGCUACGUGAUCAUCACGGGCCGCAUCAAAGAGCUCAUCAACAAGGGCGGCGAGAAGAUCAGCCCCAUUGAGCUGGACAACACGCUGCUGGCCCAUCCCAAGGUCGGGGAAGCGGUCUGCUUCGCGAUUCCGGAUGAAGGCCACUACGGCGAGGACAUUGGGGCGGCUGUUGUCCUGAAGAACGCGGGCGGAGCCACCGAGGAGGAAUUGAAGGCGUGGGUGGCUGGGAAGCUUGCCAAAUUCAAGACACCCAAGCAGAUCUGGAUCGUCCCUCAGAUCCCAAAGACGGCCACGGGCAAGAUCCAACGCCGUAAGGUCGCCGAGGCGAUGCUGACGCCCAAGGCGAAGCUGUAA